GGUGGGAGGGGGAAAAAUGGCCGCUCGCGGAGCGACUUUCGCAACGAUGAACGACACAAACACAAACACUACCCUCUCGAAAUGUGACAGCUGACCAGAACCGACACCAGCACAUACAUCGGCGGAUGGGUAUCGAGGCCGGUGGCGAGGGAGGAGAGCAACGACAGGGGUUGUGUUUAAUCUGAGGGAAAGAGGCGACUUAGCUAUCCUGCUAACGUUAGCCGCGCGCUAAACUGGAGCAGAGCGAACCAGAACAAAAUAGACGAACCAGACCAGAACAGCCGCUUUUUCACUGCUAGAAUGAGCGGACCGAGUCAGGACAGCGAACCCGAGGCCAAGGUGCUUCAUAUUAAACGUCUUUACAGGGCUGUGGUGGAAACAGUGCACAAGCUGGAUGUCAUAAUCAGCAGUAAAUCAUCAUAUAGGGAGGUGUUCAAACCUGAGAACAUCAGCUUAAGGAACAAAUUACGGGAACUUUGCGUGAAGCUGAUGUUCCUGCAUCCUGUAGACUAUGGGCGCAAGGCAGAAGAACUGCUGUGGAGGAAGGUCUACUAUGAAGUCAUACAGGUCAUUAAAACCAACAAGAAGCAUAUUCACAGUCGCAGCACUCUGGAGUGCGCCUACAGGACACAUCUGAUUGCUGGGGUGGGCUUUUUUCAACACCUGCUGCUCUACAUCCAGUCACACUAUCAGCUGGAGCUACAGGACUGCAUCGAUUGGACGCACGUCACUGACCCACUUAUUGUGCGUAAGAAACCUGUCUCAGCCACCCCUAAAGAGAUGGAGUGGGCCCAGAUGGCAUGUCACAGGUGCCUUGUGUACUUGGGAGAUCUUGCACGGUACCAGAACGAACUGGCUGGAGUGGAAGCUGAGCAGCUGGCCGAGCGCUUUUAUCACCAGGCCCUGUCUGUUGCUCCUCAUGUCGGAAUGCCAUUUAAUCAGUUGGGUACGCUGGCUGGAAGUAAAUUUUAUAACGUUGAAGCUACUUACUACUACCUGCGCUGUAUUCAGUCUGAGACUCCCUUUGAUGGGGCCUAUGGGAAUUUAAAGCGUCUUUUUGACAAGGCAGCCAAGAUGUACCAUCAGGUGAAGAAACAAGACAUGAAGAAACUGUCACCAUCACGUCAGAGGUCAAAAGACAUCAAGAGACUGCUUGUGAGCUUCAUGUAUUUGCAAAGUCUGCUGCAGCCCAAGAACAGUCUGAUGGAGACGGAGCUGACGUCACUGUGCCAGUCUGUGCUAGAGGACUUUAAUCUGGUGCUGUUCUACCUGCCACUUCCUGCUCACGGGAGCCAGUCGGCCAGCGAGGAGGAGGAGGAGCACGACUCAAUCUGCUCUGUGCUUCCUGACAGCCUCAUAUUCAAGAUGGUGGUGACUUGCCUUAUGGUGGUGCACAGCUUGAAGAGAGGAGCCUCGAAGCAGUACAGUGCCUCCAUCGCCUUCACAUUGGCUCUGUUUUCACAUCUGGUCAAUCACGUAAACAUACGACUGCAAGCUGAACUGGAUGAGGGCGAGAGUGGCGUCCCACCCCUGCGCACGGAUAACACGGAUGAGCCUGAGGCAAGAGAUCCCAGCAGCGCGACACCAUCUGAAGACAGAACCCUGCAGAACGGCUCCCUGGAGGAUGAAGAAGAGUUUGAAGAUGAGGUGAAAGAAAAUGAAGACAAGCCUACCGGGAACGGAAGGAAGGUGGAAGUCACGAAAGGAGUGGAGAAGAAGAGGUCACCGGAGGAGAAGCAAAAACAGAAGAGGAAGUUCUCGCGUCUUUCCAUGCUCCGCCGCCGCCGAUGCGCUCACAAGGAGGAUGAGAGCGACCUGAGCGAAGGCUUUGAGAGUGAUGAAGAGGAGGACGAGGAGGAUGGUGUGCCAGUGGACAGUCUGGGAUCAUCCAAGGUCCAGAUGAACUCUUUAGGGAGGGAAGGACGAAGGGAAACGUCUGCAGUGGAUGGCAGGUGGGAAAGCGGUUCGGAGGAGGACGAAGGAGGCACGGCCUUUGACGUCGAGACGGAUUCUGACAUGAACAGUCAGGAAUCUCGCUCGGACCUGGAAGACAUAGAAGAUGCGGAAAAUGCGCCGCAACAUCAGCAAGAGGAACAUGAGCAGCCAAAACAAUCUAGAGAGGAGAACUCGACCCCGCCAGCAACCAAUGGCCCUCUAGUGUCUAAUGAUGCCAGCAUCAGCAGUAACCUUCAGGCCAUGUCUUCCCAGCUUUUCCAGUCCAAACGCUGCUUCCGGCUUGCUCCCACAUUCAGCAAUGUGCUACUCCGCCCCCCAGCUACCACUAACCCCACCCCAGACUCCAACCCCAAACCUUCCCAAGAUACCACACCCCCUCCUGAAACCACUUCCACUACGAGACCAGAGCUUGUUAACGGAACCAAUGAUAAUAAUGCUGAAUCUGAUUCGGAGGGCAGCGAACACAGCAACCAGUCGAUUCGCAGUGAGAAAACCCUUUCUGAGCGGCUUGAGAUUCUGACCAAUCAGGGUCUUAUUCAGAUAGUCAAGGUCUUUUUGGAUUGGCUGAGGACAAACACUGACAUCAUCGUGAUGUGCGCACAGAGUUCUCAGAGCUUGUGGAACAGACUCUCAGUCCUGCUUAACUUACUACCAGACGGAAACAAGGUGUUGGAAGCAGAUCUUGUUCUUAAUAAGGAGGUGACCAAACUCCUGAAUGAGUCCGAGCGGCCCGGAUUGGUCCAGACGCUGCUGUUGCCCGAGGAUCUGGCACUCCGCCACCUUCCUGCGCUCAGCUCGGCCCAUCGACGUCUGGAUUUCACAGGCCAGAGACCUUCUCUUAGCCCUCUGGAAGAGUGUGUGGUGCGCUUGUGCUGUAUUCGCAGCUUUGGACACUUCCUCACUAAUCUCCAAGGCAACGUGUUGCACUUCAACCCUGAGGCGGGCAUCUUCACCAGCAUCAGCCAAUCAGAGCAGGAGAACCUUGUUCAACAGGCCAAGGCCCAGUUCCGCAUGGCAGAAGAGGAAGCUCGUAGAAACCGGCUCAUGAGAGACAUGGCCCAGCUGCGCCUGCAGUUGGAAGUCUCUCAGUUGGAAGGAAGCCUGCAGCAGCCCAAAGCCCAGUCCUCCAUGUCUCCAUACCUGGUGCCAGACACCGCCGCUCUGUGCCAGCACCUGGGUCUGCUCAGACAGCUGGCUGCCAGCGGCUGCUUCAUCAUCAUCAUUCCUCGCACAGUAAUUGACGGUCUGGACAUGCUAAAGAAAGAGAAUGCUGGAGCGAGAGAUAGCAUCCGUUUCCUGGAGGCAGAGUUUCGGAAGGGAAACAGGUACAUCCGCUGUCAGAAAGAGUCGGGAAGAAGUUUUGAGAGGGAUAAAUUAAAGCGACAGGAUGUAGAAGCCUGGCACCUGUAUAAGAUGGUGGACAGCUGUCGACAGCUCACAGGAUCUCAGAACAACGGAGACGAAGACACGGCAGGGAUGGUGACCAUUUUGACGGGACACUCGGUGAAGGAGAUGACUGAAAGAUCAGAUCCUAUGAAGGCGGCUGUCCAGGCGGUGGGUACCGCAGGCAUGGAGCUGAAGAACAUCACAGAGUUCUAUAAGCAGUGGAAGGAAAUGGGUUGAGAGACAGCAUGGGACGCAGGGGUCGGCUCGGCGGUCGGCUGAUCACACACUCAUUCCCCUCUCUCUCUUUCUCUCUCUCCCACUUUACUGCUCUGUCUACAUCUGCGUCUCCAGGACAAACCAGCCGAAGAUGCAGAUUCGGAAGGAAGGAGGGUGCAGAAAGAGUGGAGAAGAGAAGACAGAGACACAGGGGGCUUUAACGUACAACAGCGCGUCCUCGACCCAACGCAGGAGGGUUGAAAGAAGCAAUGGGGUGAAAUAAAUGUUUAAAUGCCCCUGGGGUGUUAUAACCAGACAUGUAUACCUAUGAAAUGAGUGUAUAUGUUUUCAAGAGAGAAACGAACAUUUGUGUGCAUAUACACAAGAAACCCACAAAUCUAAAUGUAUAGAGAAAUGUCUUUUUAUUUUAGUCUUUACGCUACAGUCAUGGGGGUCGUGCACUGCCACAUAGAUGUCUGUGUUUAACCGGCAGGUGACCCAACCACAGGGGUUCAACAACGAUAGCACCAGAAAUCUGUCGUGAUAAAGUUUAGCAUUUACUCUUGGUACAAUGGGGCUUUUGCUCCCGGGGACAAGAGGAUUCAGAAUUAUGGGUGUACACUUCUUUUUGAAGAUUUCUUUUUCUUUCCUACCUGGCCUCCCCUUGUUUGUUUUCUUUUUGCUGUGUACCUUUGUGGUUUAAUGUAUUGUGUUAUCUGUGUAUGAACAGGAUGGAAUAAGUCAGGCUUUUAUUUGAUUUUAUUUUUGUAUGUCGUAUCUUUGCUGUGCUGAACACAGGAGUGAGGGUCAGGCGUAGAGAUUCUUCAUGGGUAAGAGCAUUCUCGCAUUACGGCACUCGCAUCACGCUAGGCUGCGCUGAUGGACGUGGAGGUGUUUCUGCUUCGCAGAUCUAGACCCAGACCUUUACCAUCACAUUCUCAUCGUAAUUGUCCCAUAUUGCACAACGCAAAGAAAUAAAAUGUAUGUGUGAUGCAAGUGCGUUAAACAAUAAAAAGAGAUUUCAUCUACAAUG